GCCCGUGCCGCGUUGAAUUGUGGGACAAAAUCCUAAAAGGAAAACAAAAUAUUACCAGUUAUCUCGCAUAGAAAACUGUUUGUUUGCCACACAUUGAGGAAUAUUUUCAUACACUACAGAAACAGAAAUGGAACAUGUGCAUCUGGCUGUGGAGGAGGACGACCUUUAUUCGGGUUACAAUGAUUAUAAUCCGACAUUUGACUCGGAGGAGCUGGAGAAUGAUGUGGGCUUCCAGCAAGCAGUGAGGACAAGUCAUGGAAGAAGACCCCCGAUGACUGCCAAGUUUCCUGGCACUCCCAUUGGACCUCGAUCUUUAGCCUCUUCUUUUGGCGCUCGGCUUCAUAUGGCCUCUUCAAUGGGACGACCCAUGACUGGAGCUGUACAGGAUGGGUCAGCCCGUCCAAUGACUGCCGUCAAAGCAGCAGGUUACACCUCCUCCCUGAGUCGCGGCUCAGCCUUUGACCCUCUGGGCCAGUCCAGGGGUCCUGCACCUGCACUCGAAGCAAAGAAUGAGGAUACGCCUGAGGAGAAGAUCAAAAUCUUGGAGAAGAAAGUGAAUGACCUGAUAGAGGAGAGCUGCAUGGCACAGAGCACGGGAGCCUUACAAGUGGCCCUUGAAAAAGCCAAAGAGGCAGGGCGGAAGGAGAGAGCCCUGGUCAGACAGAGGGAACAGUCUGGCAGUGCAGACCAUAUAAAUUUAGACCUCACGUACUCUGUUUUGCUCAACCUUGCCAACCAAUACACAAACAAUGAAAUGUACCCAGAGGCCCUGAACAGCUACCAGAUCAUUGUGAAGAAUAAAAUGUUCAGUAACGCAGGCCGCCUGAAAGUCAACAUGGCCAACAUCUACUUUAAACAGAAGAACUAUCCUAAAGCCAUCAAGUUCUACCGAAUGGCACUGGAUCAGAUAACAAAUGCCCACAAAGAAAUGAGGAUCAAGAUCAUGCAGAAUAUCGGUGUAGUGUUUAUCUGCAUGGGCCAGUACACAGAUGCCAUUACGUCUUUCGAGCACAUCAUGAGCGAGAGUCCAAAUAUCAAGACAGGCUUCAACCUUAUCCUGUGUUACUAUGCUAUCGGUGACAGAGAGAGGAUGAAGAAGGCCUUUCAGAAGCUCAUCUCUGUUCCUCUGGGCAUUGAUGAUGAAGACAAAUACAUCCCUUCCAAUGAAGACACCAGCUCCAAUAUGGUCAUUGAAGCCAUUAAAAAUGACAAACUUCACCAGAUGGAGAGAGAUCUAAAAACCCUGGCUGAGAAAUACAUCAUGACAGCAGCCAAGCUCAUUGCCCCAGCGAUUGAGACUUUGUUUGCUACUGGAUUUGACUGGUGUGUCGACAUGGUGAAGAGUUCUCAGUAUGUCGAGCUUGCCAAUGAUUUAGAGAUCAACAAAGCCAUCACCUACCUCAGACAGAAGGACUUCAACCAGGCAGUGGAAACGUUGAAGGCAUUUGAGAAGAAGGACAGCAGAGUGAAGAGCGCUGCAGCCACUAACCUCUCUUUCCUCUAUUUUCUGGAGAAAGACCACGACCAGGCUGACCGAUAUGCCGACCUUGCUAUGAAUGCUGAUCGUUACAACCCAGCAGCGCUUAUCAACAAGGGCAACACGGUGUUUGUCAAACAGGACUUUGAAAAGGCUGCAGAGUUCUACAAAGAAGCACUGAGGAAUGAUUCCUCGUGCACCGAAGGCCUUUACAACCUAGGUCUGACUUAUAAAAGACUGAAUCGCCUAGAGGAGGCUCUGGACUGCUUCCUGAAGCUCCAUGCCAUUCUGAGGAACAGUUCCCAAGUCAUGUACCAGCUGGCCAGCCUCUAUGAGCUUCUGGAAAAUCCCGAACAAGCAAUCGAGUGGCUAAUGCAGGUCAUCAGUGUAACUCCCACAGACGCCCAGGCACUGGCUAAGCUGGGAGAACUGCAUGAUGGCGAGGGGGACAAAUCCCAGGCUUUCCAGUACUAUUAUGAGUCCUUUAGGUACUUUCCCUCCAACAUCCAUGUGAUUGAGUGGCUCGGAGCUUACUACAUUGAGACACAGUUCUGUGAGAAAGCCAUUCAGUACUUUGAAAGAGCCACGCUAAUACAACCAACUCAGGUGAAGUGGCAGCUAAUGGUGGCAAGCUGCUACAGACGAAGUGGAAACUCCCAGAAAGCACUGGAAACGUAUAAAGAAAUCCACCGAAAGUUUCCAGAAAAUGUGGAAUGCUUGCGUUUCCUGGUGCGGCUGUGCACAGAUAUGCAAUUGAAGGAAGUCCAAGACUACGCCACCAAACUGAAGAAGGUAGAGAAGAUGAAGGAAAUCAGAGAGCAGAGGAUAAAAUCGGGACGGGAAGGCAGCGCGAGAAGUCGAAGAGAAGGCAGAGAGAGCAGUGCAGGGAGCGCUGACAGUGGUCGCAGCAGCAGCAGCACCAAAGGAGAGCGUCUGAGCGCCAAAAUGAGGUCACUUCCUGGUUCAAAUGAGCCUUAUGAAGCCAGCAGUCCAAAAGAACUGGAUGCGUCCUACGUGGACCCACUGGGGCCUCAGAUGGACAGACCAAAGACGGGAGUCAAGAAGCGUGUGGAGGAUGACGACUUUGCAGAUGAAGAGCUAGGAGACGACCUGCUGCCAGAGUAGCUGCAUUAGCACAAGGCUAUCUCUGUUUGUAAGUCAAGAGCCCAGAGCUUCACCACAGGACGUUUUAAACUUAUGUUCAGCAAAUGUUUAUGUACAUCUGUUGGUAAUCCAUGAUGGUCCAGAUGCUCUUUCACACUGAACAUCUCAGUCCUUUGUUAAAUGAAAAUGUAUCCAUUUCUAAAUGUCCGUGUGGGAAAUGAAUGCCUCUGUACGUGAUGGGAAUGCUGGUUACAUGACAGUGUGAGACACCUCAGACAGCUUUGUUCUAGCUCUUAAGUCCAGCACACGGGGUUUCAGAGAAACCAUACUAUUACCCUGUAUUUUUGAGCUCAUUGCUAAAAAUUGGAAAACAUUUCACCGUUCUGAUGCUUUCAAAGGCAAAGGUUUGUGAUUCAUCUGUUCCAGAUUCUGUUUCAUGUUCUGCAAUAUGUAAUUAUUCUAUUGUAUUUAUAAUUUUUUUAUUUCUUCAUCUUUAUUUUGUUUAUUGUAUCAUUAAAAGAGAAACU